AUGAAAACAAAUAAUUAUUAAUAAAAGGUAGAUGAAUGCACAGAAGCUUUUUUAAAUCAAUUAGAAGUAAUAUUAUUUAUUAAUAUAUUUAAUAGUCUUCAUUCAAUAAUAUUAACAAUGAAAUAGAUUCACUUCUUAAUUUAACUGAUUUAAUAAAUUAUAAUUAUCAACCUAUUACAUUAACUUCUGUUAAUACACCUAAAACUAAUUUUGAGAAAUUAAGCCUUGCUCAAUAAUUAUCUUAAGACAUGUAAUCAUUAAUAACACAUAAUGUUAACAAUUAAAUUAAUCACAAAAUAAUACCUAUAAAAUAAGAAGAGAAUUUGCAAAUUUUAGGUCAUAAACAAUAUAUGACUUAAGAAAUUUAAAAAGAAAAGAUAGAUAGAAUUAAAAAAAAUUAAAAAUCAAUUGAAUAAAAAGUACCAGAUAAAGAUUCCCUAUUAAAACCAUCAAAUAAAUAAAUGUCAUUACUCAAUAAUUAAUCAAAUAAUGAAAAAUUAGAAACUAUUUCAUCUAUUAAUAAUUCAAAUGUUAAAUCAUUCACUUAUUAACUAAUUUAACAAUAUUCAAUUUCAUAAAAUGAAUGUUGUAGGGCAAUAGAUAUUAAUAAAGAUUGUUCAAUCUUAUUGGCUGGAUGUGAUAAAGAAAUUAAAGUAUUUGAAUUUAAUUAAGGAAUUAUGAAAUUAAAAUAAAUUUUAAGUGAGCAUAAUAAUGAUGUACAUACUCUAAAUUUUAUGAAGAAAACAAAUUAGUUUAUUUCUGGGAGUUAUUAAUCUAUCAUUAUAUGGUAAUAUAAUUAAAAUCAAUAAUAUGUUACUUAAUAGAUAUUAAAUGGACAUAAUAGUUGGAUAUAUUGUUUAAUAUUAAAUAAUAAUGAAGACUUGAUUAUAUCAGGAGGUUCAGAUAAUACAAUUAAAUUUUGGAUGAAAAAGAAUGAAUGGACGUGUUAACAAACUAUUAAAGAUCAUUAUAAUUCUGUAUUUGGAUUAAGUUUAAAUUAAUAGUAAAAUAGAGUGGUCUCUUGUGGCAAUGAUAAAUAAAUAUUAAUAAUUGAACAAUAAUAAUAGAAUAAAGAAUGGAUUGUUACAUAAAAAAUUACAGUUGAAUUAUCUACAUUACGAGUAUGCUUUAUUGAUAAUGAUAUAUUCACAUUAUCACAAUGUGGUUAAAAUUAGAUAUCUAUUUUUGAGAUGAACACUAUCAAUAAAUAGUUUACAAAGACUAAAGAUAUUGUUGUAAAAUGUGGAUCAGAUGGUUAUUGUUUAUUUCCUUAAUAAUAUUUAAAUUCAAAAUCCAUAUUAUUCAGUAAAAAUGGUGAAUAUGUCAAUUUAAUAAGGAAAAAAUAAAAUGGAGAAUAUUUAACUGAAUAAUCUAUUCAUUUUAAUACAAAUGUUUUAUUUGGAAGAAUAAGCGAUGAUGGAGAGUAUCUAAUAACUUGGGAGAACAAAUCAAAAGAAAUACAACUCAGAAGAUACAAAGAAUAAUGA